AUGUUGCACGAAGUUGGCCACCAAUACCGACUAUACCGAGAAGAACGUGGUUUACAUUACCUCCUCCACCUUGGCUUCGUCGAAGAACAACAACUACUCGGCUUCGUCGAAGAACAACAACUGCUCCUACUACAACUAAAACUACAACUUCUACGACAACAACGACUACGACGACAACUACAACAACGACAACAACAACCACAACAACAACAACCACAACAACAACAACAACAACGACGACGACGACACCGACGACGACAACCACAACGAGAAGAAAAACAACUACUACACCUAAGACAACCACUACUACUAGACCUAGGACCACUAUUGGUAAAAGAAAAACAACGAGGAUCACAGCUAUGCCGGGAAUCAAACCAACCACGAAGAUUUUAUCAAUUAGAAAUCGUACGGCUGCUAGGAUCUCUACCUCCAGCAAGACUGUGA